AUGGUUGGACAUUGCUACUCAACAACCACACCCCCUAGGGACCCCGGCGUCUGGGGAUCGAAGUGGAAAUCGAAGAUAUCGGCUCUGACCUCGACCAUUGGCCCGUCGGUGAACCUCAGAGUGCACGAGCUCAUCACUUUGAUCCAUUCCACCCUCGUGUCCACCACGGCCGUGCCAAUAUCUUCACCCGUCGACGGGCUGAUCUUGCCGACUUCUGGGAAUGCCGCCUCAUCAAGCACGCCAGUCCAUCCAUGGCACGUGGGAAGAGCCAGGCUGCGUCUUUCUUCUGUUACUGCUCCUGCCUCUCAGCCUUUAUUGCCCAUUUCCCCACGCCCCAUGCAAAGCAACGUCCAGACAGCCCGGUCUUCAGCUACUUGA